CCUUCAAUGUCUGAAUAAAACCCCUUCACCUCCACCUCAAAAAAGAACGAAAAAAAUAAUGCAAGAAUAUAUCUUGUCUAUAUUGUAAUUUAUUUUAAAUUAAAAAUAUUAGUGAUAAAACAAGAAAACAAUACGUUGACUGCUUCUAUAUUUUGUUUAUGUAUCUUUGAAAUGUUAGGCAAGGAUCACCGAAGGACACGUGUUGCAAAUGCUUAUUUCUCCCUGUUUAUGGCUAUUGGUAAUAUUCUUGGAUAUGCAGCUGGAUCAUACAGUGGUUGGUACAAGGUCUUUGCUUUCACCAUGACCCCUGCAUGCAAUAUUAGUUGUGCAAAUCUCAAGUCCGCUUUCUAUCUUGACAUUGGUUUCAUCGCUGUCACCACUUAUAUAAGCAUCAUGGCAGCUCAUGAAGUACCUCUGAGUUCUAGUGGGGCACAACCUGUUGAAGCAGCAGCAGGGGAAUCGGGUGCUGCUGGAGAAGCUUUUCUGUGGGAGCUAUUCGGGACAGUCAGAUAUUUUUCAACCCCAGUAUGGACAAUACUGUCCGCUACUGCCUUAACUUGGAUUGGGUGGUUUCCAUUUCUCCUUUUUGAUACUGAUUGGAUGGGCCGAGAGAUUUAUGGUGGUGAACCAAAUGAAGGCCCUAAUUAUGAUACUGGAGUUAGAAUGGGGGCAAUAGGCUUAUUGCUUAAUUCAGUUGUUCUUGGAAUAACGUCUGUACUCGUGGAGAGGUUAUGCAGGAAGCGGGGGGCUGGGUUUGUGUGGGGAAUCUCAAAUAUCUUGAUGGCUGUCUGCUUUAUUGCAAUGCUUAUUGUAACCUAUCUGGCAAAUAGAAUUGGCUAUAUAGGCAAAGAACUACCACCAACUGGCAUUGUGAUUGCUGUAUUGACAAUCUUUACCGUUCUUGGGUUUCCACUUGCAAUCACUUACAGCGUUCCAUAUGCCUUAGUUUCCACACAUAUUCAGUCAUUGGGGCUUGGCCAAGGAUUGUCAAUGGGGGUCCUAAAUCUUGCAAUAGUGUUCCCACAGCCUUUGGAUGUAAAACAUGAUUGUGCAUUGAAUUUCCAUCACUGAGUGAUCACAUUAAAUAAUCAGAGUGCCACAAGGGAUUGCUUGCUAAGUGAGUCGAGUUUGAAUCCAUAAUAGAGCAGUAGUAGCAGAAGCAAGAAUCACAUUUAUAAAAGCUAAUUUCCAUUACAAGAGAAGAAAUUAAAAACACCUUUUU